AUGCAACUACACCCUGAGAGCGCGGACUGGGAAGUGAACCACCUGGGAUGGCUUUUCUCCCCCGACGAGGGAGAUCAGGCCCCGGCCGGGGAAGAAGCUCGAGAAGCCAGCAUGAACUCAGUGCCCGACGCGCAAUUUGAGGAUCGUUACGGGAAGCUCUGCCUAAUUGAGUUAAACGGGCAGCAGAUUGCCCCGGGGAAAUACCCCUCCCUAGAGAGAAACGUCGAGUCUUACCGCGCCCUAUUGUGGUCAUGGUACAUGUUAACGGGCAUCCCGCCAGGGCACUGA